AUGACGGAGCACAGAGGCACCUCCUUCUUUCACUCAUGCGUGAAGAUGCCGGUGGAUCCUUGUAGCCGGCAACCAACUCCUUCUUACGAACGUCCUCGACUCUCAUCCGGUAGCCGAAGGUCAGAGAAAGUGAAGAAAAUUAACUUUGCGGAAGGUGUACCGACUGCCGUCGAGAACUCGGAGUUGUCCAGCCCGCGUGACACCUUAGAAAAUCUUUUGGAGUUCCUGAAGAGCAUACCAGAUUAUGGACAAGUGCAUCAUUUGUCGAACGAGCAAUUCAAGCAAAAGGUCGAAUAUCUGAGAAGGAAGCAGCGGCUGUUCCUGCAGAAUCUGAGAAACUCGCUGGAUGACACGGAGGAACCGUCUUCACGUCUGUCAAUUACGAGAAAUGAGAGCUCAAAGUCAAAGGACGUCAAACCGAACGUCGUUGACGAUCUCAAGUUGAAUGGCAAGAAAUGCUAUCUUGAGGAGUCUCGAACCAGCAGUCCGAUACUAUUUCCAUCUGGAAAUUUUGCUGGUCUCGCCGAGGAUCAAGAUCUCUUGACGUACAGGUAAUUAUCUAGAUGUAGAGACAAAGACAAAGAAACAAAGACAAUACGCAACAAGGAAAUACUUGCGGCUAAUAAAAGCUGGAGCACAUGGAGCGAAUCGAAAAGCGAUGACAGCGUGAAUAGCGAUGGCGAAGAUAGCAUUGAGACGAAAAGUUUACCACCGAGUAGCUCGAAAGAAUGGCAACCCACGGUGCCUAAACCAUUUAGUUUCACGCUGAGUUCUAUAAAAUGUCUUUGUAUAGAACAUCUAAUGUCUUUUUUCAGAGAAGAAGCGGAAAAAUAUAUGACGGAGAUAGAGACAGCCGAACGGACGAAUGAAGAUAAUGAGAAGAAAAGUCCCUCGAAAAAACGACGAGUUAAACCAAUUCCUAUUACAUCCAAGAUACCGCUCUAUGAUAAAUUGAUGGCUGAAAAAGAAGAAAGAAGUCGUAUCGUACGCGAAGAGAGCGCACUAAAUCUAUUAUCGCAAGUGCGACCUUUUAAGCUCGAGUGCGAUCGUCGUGCUUGGCGGUCUAUGGCGAGGUCCAGUCCUGAACUCUGCUCGAGCAAGAGCGGUUCUUCGCGUUUCAAGGCUAAGCCAGUACCAAGAAACCUGUUCGGCACUGAGGUUUACGACCGUAUGCUUGAGGACGAAUACUAUAGACAGCUAAGGAAAAGGCUGAGGGCUGCCGAGAUGUUGAAGUCUUCUUCGUUACCGCCAUCGAUGGCAAGGCGCGAACGUGUCAAGUCCGCAUAUACACAUUUGCAGGACGUGGAGCCUAAUAAGGAUGACGACGAAUCUGUCAUCCCGGCUACGACGAUAUCCGAUAGAACCAGGUCCGCGAUGACGUCUGCAUUGUCUUCGCGCGGGAAUAACCUGGCUGCAAUUUUAAGAUGUCAAGCCUCACGAGAGAAACUGGAGCGCGAGAUACAGGAGCGGAUGGAGGAAGAGCGACGGGAACAGAUACUGAAGUUCAGGGAGACGCUGAUCGGUCGGAAACCCGCGUGGAAGGCACUGAGAUCGGCCGCGAGGCACGAGCAUGACAGAGACCUAGACAUACGGACGUCUCUUCGUCGUGACGAGGCGCGGGAACAGGCCGAACGUCAUCGACUGCAGAUGGAGAUGAUGCUGGACCGUGUGACGCAAAUACCGACUCUUUUCGAGCGUCAUUCUCAGGAUACGCGAUAUUUGCAGAGUUUUCAAUCGCUCGUAAAAGCGCAACAGAAGGCUUCUCCGAAGAAUGCCCACACUCGGAAGAAGAAAAAGAAAAAAAAGAAGCAACAGCAGCAGUCGAAAAGGUCUACGUCAAGUAGCUUCGACUCGUAUUUAAGCUUUGCUAGCAACUCCAGACCAAAUUCCGGGUCAUUAACCAGUUCUUCCGGUACUCUGAUCUCAAGCCAAUUAUCAUCGAAGUCAUCGGGUGAUUCUUCCGACAAAUCAGCAGUCAAGUCAGAAGCCUCGACAUUGAAGAGGAAAGCCGAUCGCGGUCCAUUGAAGGUUUCGAUCAACGAAACGGCGGAAUUGAUCGAGGAUCGCAACGAAAAAUUGUCCAGUAGCGAUGAACGGUCUCGCAGCGACGAUGUCGAAGAGUGA